AUGUCGAACGGCAACGUGGUUCUGACGCACCCCAAUAUCCACGAUGGCUGGUUCCAUGAAGAGAACCCGCAGUGGCCUGGACAGGCCAUGAGCCUGCGCGUGCGCCGCAUCCUUCACCACGAAAAGAGCCAGUACCAGGAUGUCCUCGUGUUCGAGUCAGAGACGUAUGGCAACGUGCUUGUCCUGGACGGUGCGAUCCAGUGCACCGAGCGCGACGAGUUUGCAUACCAGGAAAUGAUUGCACACCUCCCGAUCAACUCGCACCCGAACCCACGCCGCGUGCUUGUGAUUGGCGGUGGUGACGGUGGUGUGCUGCGUGAGAUUGUCAAGCACGAGUCGGUUGAAGAGGCUAUUCUGUGUGACAUUGACGAGGCCGUGCCGCGCGUGUCGGCCAAGUACCUGCCCAAGAUGGCCGAGGGACUCAACCAUCCCAAGUCGACGGUGAUCAUUGGCGAUGGCUUCGCCUUCCUCAAUGACCCAAAGAACAAGGCGUCAUUCGAUGUCAUCAUCACCGACUCAUCGGACCCUGAAGGACCUGCUGAAGUGCUGUUCCAAAAACCGUACUUUGAGCUGCUCAAGCAGGCUCUCCGCCCAGGCGGCCACAUUUCCACGCAGGGUGAGAGCAUGUGGCUGCAUCUGCAGCUGAUCCGAUCGCUCACGCAGGCCACGAAGGAACUGUUCCCUGUGGCCGACUAUGCGUACACACUGAUCCCUACGUACCCAAGCGGCCAGAUCGGGUUCGUCGUCUGCUCGCUGGAUGCGAAUCGCAAUGUGCGGGAGCCUCUGCGGACGGUGCCGAACUGCUCGUACUACAACAACGAUAUCCACCGUGCCUCGUUUAUCCUGCCGCAGUUCGCGCACCGCGUUGUCGUCGAUGGCCAGCCGGCGCCUGGCCCUGUCAUUGCUACGGGCUAUGGCGAGAGCCGCGAUGCACACACGCCGCCAAAGAAGGUACUGGUCCUGGGCUCUGGCUACGUGGCAGGCCCGGUCAUCCAGUACCUCCUUCGGUUCCCGCAGUUCUCCGUGACGAUUGGCUCCGCACGCCAUGCCGCGAAGCUCGGCAAGCAGUUCCCACGCGCGCAGACGAUGCAGGUCGAUGUCAAGGAGGCUGCGUCGCUCAGUGCGGCCAUCCAGCAGCACGACUUGGUCAUUUCGCUGAUCCCGUACAUCUACCAUGCGGAUGUCAUCAAGGCUGCAUGCCAACACAAGGUCGACGUCGUCACGACUUCGUACGUGUCUGACGCGAUCCGUGCGCUCGAGCCAGAGAUCAAGGCAGCUGGCAUCACCGUGUUCAACGAAAUCGGCCUGGACCCUGGUCUUGACCAUCUGUAUGCCGUCAAGGCCAUCAAGGACAUCCACGAUGCAGGUGGCCAGGUCAAGUCGUUCCUCUCGUACUGCGGCGGGCUCCCUGCGCCAGAGGCUGCGACGAACCCACUCGGCUACAAGUUCUCGUGGUCGUCGCGCGGCGUCCUGCUGGCUCUGCGGAACACGGCCAAGUUCAUCCAGGGCAACCAGGCACACACCGUCAGUGGUCUCGACCUGAUGGCGACAGCUAGGCCAUACUAUAUCAUGCCUGCGUUUGCCUUCGUCGCAUACCCGAACCGCGAUUCGACGCCAUUCCGCGAGUGGUACGGCAUCCCUGAGGCUGAAGAGUGCAUUCGCGGCACGCUUCGGUACCAGGGCUUCCCAGAGUUGGUGCUCGCGCUGGUGCGUCUGGGCUUUCUUGAUGAAAGUGCGCAAGACUGGCUCGCCUCCAAAGACCUGACGUGGUCGCAGCUCACUGCACGUCUCGUCGGCUCGAGCGCCACGGACGAGGCAUCCCUGGUUCGUGCUGUGCGUGAACGCUGUGCGUUCCAGAACGACGAAGAUGCGCAGCUCGUCCUGCGCGGCAUGCGCUGGCUCGGCCUGUUCUCGAACGAGCCUGUCAAGGUCGGUGGCCUGCCUGAGCAACUCGCCAGUGGCACGGGCAACUUGCUCGACACGCUGUGCGUGAAUCUGGAGGGCAAGUGCGCCUACGAACCUGGUGAGCGCGACAUGGUCAUGCUCCAGCACCGCUUCAGUGUGCUCACCAAGGACGGCGAGCACAAGACACUCACCUCGACGCUCCUUGACUAUGGUGUGCCGAACGGCACGUCGUCCAUGGCCAAACUGGUCGGUGUGCCAUGCGGUAUUGCAGCGCGCUUUGUGCUGGAGGGCCAUCCGGCCAUCAAGAAGCCAGGCAUUCUUGCUCCCUACUCGUUCGACGUGGCGGAACCCAUCCGCCUUGAGCUUGUGAAGGAGGGCAUUGCACUUGAGGAGGCAUGGGUGUAA